CUAUCCGUUUUAUUGGGGCUGUGGACAACGGUUAAUGUCGGCGGCCGUGGCGCCUUCUCCGUCGUUAGCUCUUCAGAAGCAUGAGGAGUGCCGGGAUGAUCGGUUCGCUGUCGACAUCUGCUGCCGCGGCCUCGGCCACGUCGGCCACCUGGGCGUCGACGACGUCGGUGUCUACGUCGGGGAAGAGGAUUCAUAGGGAAAUGGCUGAGCUGAACGUGGACCCUCCCCCCGAUUGUUCCGCCGGCCCCAAGGGCGACAAUCUCUACCAUUGGGUCUCCACUAUCAUCGGCCCCCCGGGGACACCUUAUGAAGGAGGCAUCUUUUUUCUCGACAUUACUUUUCCCUGCGAUUAUCCAUUCAAACCACCAAAGGUAGUGUUCAAAACUCGAAUCUUCCACUGCAGUGUAGAUUCUUCGGGGAAUCUCAGCUUGGACAUCUUGAAGGACGGAUGGAGCCCGGCUCUAACGAUCACCAAGAUCCUCCUCGCCAUCAGAUCAAUCUUCACGAACCCCGAUCCCUAUAAACCUCUUGUCCCGGGCAUUGCUUGUCUGUAUUUGGCGGACAGAGAAAAGCACGAUCAACUAGCUGCAGAGUGGACAUUGAGAUUCGCCAAGUAAAGCCCGAUGCAGGAUGCAUAUAUACUCAUAGAAUGAUGAAAUAUCAACCCAAAUUCAGAGAAUCAGAUUUCUGCUGCCAGUGGUUCUUCUUGGGUGCACAAAAACCUUUGUGCUGUGCUCAUGGUAACAAAGAAUACACUAUAGGUGUUUAUGAACUGUUUCCAUGCAGACCGUGAUUUAGCCAUAUUAGGUUAGAUCUGGUGUAAGCUCAAUAAUGGCAAUUCUUGUCAGCAGUAAACUCUUCUCGUGGAAAAACAUAUAAGUGCGUUGAGUGGACGAGGAAAUGUAGCAGUGGAACACCGAUAGCACGGGUCUGUACUGCUGUAACAUACAGAACUGGAAUGGAAAUUCUGGAUUAUACUGCGACGUAA